AUGACUCUCCUAAUAAUUCUACCAUAUCAAGAUCUUGAUUAUGGGCAGAUCCACUUUUGGCGGUUCGGCCCGACGGCUACAUACAUAAACGAUGAUGGGCAUAACCCAAUCCGACGCUCAGUUCUCGAACUCAUCCAUGUUUAUGAACUCCUCCAUCCACGAAUCAUCUCCCCCAGUCUCACCAGCCAUCUCAGGGUACUGGGUCCUGGCUCCAGCCCUCAAAUAGCUGUCCGCCCUUUCAAAAGCACGGAGGACGUCGUUGUAGGAGCUUGGCCCAAUGAGGCCAGCGAGGAGAGCGUCCCGUGCUUCGAUCGCGGCGAGGGUGUCGCGAAAGCAGCUUGGCUCAUCGUCGUCGGCGACAUCGUAGCCAUAACCGUAUCCGUAUUCAGGGAGGACAUUGUCGUGGCUGAGCCCAUCGCGGGCGGGUGCCGGUUCUUCGGCCUCUUCCUCGGGGGCCGCAGUCUCCUCAACGGGAGCAGUCUCCUCAGCCCGGCGCGGUGGCGGGAACUCGGGGAUUGGUGGGUCUUUGCGGAGUGCCUUUCUCAUAAAGUGACGCUGAGCAAAGUUCAAUUGGCGACGCGGAGUAAGGUAGACACGGUUCUCUUUGUCGAACCCCCGGCUUGGGCCAUCAUUCCAGUCUCCGUUCUCGGAUUGAGACGAACGGUCCUUUUCGGGGCGCUCCUUAGCGCGACCAUUCACAUCUCGGAGAGCGGGCUCACUUGUAAUACGCUUGGGAGCCUGACGGACGGGGGUUGGGUUGGUGUCGGACAUGUUGAUGGUUUGGUUCGGGUUUUGGUCGGCUCCGGAGGUAUUGUUGAUGGCCUGGUUGGAGGUUGGGUUGGUUUCGGCCUUGUUCUGGAUAGCCUGGUUGAGGUUUGGGUUGGUGUCGGACAUGGUGGUGGUCUGGUUGGAGUCACUCUGUUGGUUGGCAGUUCUUUCCAAGUAAAGACGAGUGAGGUCCAGGUCGACGGUGCACGGACGAAUACGAGGGAGCGUUUCACGUGA